AUGAGCACCUCAAUUGAGGGAGACAAUUGUGGUAUAUGUUUCACUUCGAUUCAUCCUCAGUGUAACCCACGUGGAAAACUGAAUAGUUGUGGACACAUAUUUUGUGCAUAUUGUAUUAAGAAGUGGGCGGAAAGCACAAAUGUCUGCCCUCAUUGCAAGGCAAGAUUUACAACCAUUACGGUGUCAAAUACCAAAGGUAAAAAUGAAGUAAAGAAGGUUCGAAAGCGAAACUACAAACUAUGGGAAUUAAGUGAUUCGGAAAGUGAGGGUGAGGGCGGUGAAGCCCUGGCACUGCCACGCGGUUCGGUGCGAUGUGGCGUUUGCGGUGAAGGCGACAACGCCAUUCGUAUGAUUUUUUGCGACCGCUCCCAAUGUGACUAUACCGUUCAUUUGGAUUGUGUUGGGAUGUCCGACAGGCCAUCUGAGUUCUUUUGUUCCGAGUGUCGUGCGAUGUUCGGGGAAGGGGAAACUUCAACAUGUCCGCCACCCAACGUCGGAAAGGAUCGCAGUUGUAACCCAACAGAAUAUAACGGCAGUAGCUCCUCGCCCAGUUCUAAUGUUUGUGCGCCUGCUCCUUCACCUUGCACAACUACAGCGAGGAAAAUUAGUGUCCCACCGCCGGCAUUUCUCCGAGAGGCAAUGGAGCGAUCCGCUGGGAAGAGGCUAAGAGACGCUAAUGUGGAGAACCGCAGUGAAACGCCGGUCAUGCCGCGCCGAAACGCAAAUGACUGGAGUCCUGAAGGCGGAUAUGUAAAUGUCGACAACGGCACCAUCAACCACGCAGCACAAACCGCGAUGCAGCAAUAUCUUCAACGUAUGGAGCAACGCGCGCAUAGGGAGAAACUUCAAUGCGCACACCGCCCCGCGCAACGGCAAGGAGGGGGAGACUGUUUGCGUCAAAAUACCCAACUGCGUCUCGAUAGAAGGUGCGCUCAGGUCAGGUCUGCUGCAAAUGCUGCUGAAAUGGAAGCGCUUCUCAAUCCGAUAACACGGCAGCGUGAAGAGGAGAGACUUGCAAGGCAACUGGCUAAGGACCUGAUGCCCGUGCUUCGCCGCAAUCAGUACCUUAAAGACAACCGAUUAGUGUUGGACAGUGACGGGUGUGUGGUUAUGAAUCCGCCACCGUCGGAACUGGAGGCUUCUGGACGUGAAGCUGAAUUGUACAGUCAAGCCAUGGUGGAAGGGCGGCGCAUGGCUCAGCAACGCAUUAGUGCAAAGGUGGCAAGUGCACGCCUUCGGAAGGAACAAUUACUCAUGAUUCAGGCAGAAAGGGAGGCUCUUGCGCUUAACCAGCUGGCGAUGAUGAUUGCCUCACGUCGCACCGGGGGGGGGGAUCCGAAGGUUGACUGA